AUGACAAAUUGUUUUUUAGCGUCAGAUUUGAAAAAAAGUAAUUCUUUUAAUGCUCUUCAUUUGAAUUUGUUUCUUAUCAAUGAUAAAAAGGAUAAAGCAGCAAAAUUAUUGCUUAAAUCAUGGGAAAAAAUUAUACGAAAUAUUUUAUUGCCGAAAUAUUUGGAACGAUUAAUGGAAGAAAUUACUAUGCGUAAGAAAAAAUUGGAUACGAAAAUAAAUACAAGAAAUGAUGAAUAUUUACGGGAAGAAUUUCAAAAUGGUGAAUUAUACAUAAACAUUGAUAACGAGGAUGUAAUCUAUGAUAAGCCGAAGAAAAUCAUUGAAUGGAUGCUAACAAGAAAAGAGAUUGAGAAUAUCAGUGAAUUGAUUAAUGAUAUGGAUGAAAUAAGACGAAAAGAUGGAAAUGAUAAGGAAAUUAUGGAAAAAGCAGCAAUCAAAAUCCAACAAUGGUGGAAAAACGAUCAUUUUUGA